UUGGUUUUUCCCCCGUGCUGCACUGAGGAAGCCUCCUUCAUCACCAGUGACAUCGUCACAAGGCAACACACCCAUUGCAGGUACACCUGAGUCUCAGCUGUUAGUAUAGAGACGCUCCACAGCACCUGAAGGACUCCACAUACAAACAAGUGAUUUUCAACACAAAGCCCUGUGAUCCCAUGAGACUGGCUAUAUCAUGAAAACACAUUACCUAUUCCUACUGAUCUACCUCUUUGGAACCACCUUUGGAGCAUCAAGCAGAAAUGGGAAUGCAACAUGUGGGACAGAAACCUGUACUCCGGAGCCAGAUGCGACCUCUGGCUUCCUGCAGUGUGUCGGCUUGCCCUCCGGAGACACAGAAAAAGGCCACAUGCACAGACUGAAGGCAAUGCUGGAGGCCAUGAUGGAUGUCUACACCUUCAUGAAAUCCAGCAUGACGGGUGUGCCGAUCCUGAGCCUGGAAGGAGCUUUGGAUUUUAACCCUGCAGCAGAUCCUUUUCAGAACGAAGCCCUGGUUCAGAUGUGGCUUGAAGUCAAAAUAAAACCACUGUUGGGUUCAAUCACCAAACACUUCCUGUCAUGCCUCAGCACCAAGAAUUUCAGUUGCUCCACUUAUCAGACUGUGGUGAGAGAGAUCAGCCGCCAUUAUUCAGAGAUGAACCCAGUCAGACAAAAGUGGAUCUAUACGUUCUUCAUGUACCCCUUCCUCUCUGGAGACAGAGUUGCAGGUUGUGUAAACCCAGAUGAAAGCAGUGAAGAAUGGCUGAUGAAGAAUUUUGGCGCCUUCAGAUGGAUGGCUCGAAUGGAGGACUUCUCCAGCCUCAGCAUGGUCUUCAGUGGUCUGGAGGUCCUCCACCUGCUGUCUCCUGCUCAAAAGGCAGAGCUGCUCUUAAGGCCUGAGGUUGCUGGUUUAGACAAUGGCACCCUAACGCUGGUUUUUGACAGCUUGUGGAAUGGGGAUUCUGGCCCUCAAACGACUCCCAGACCUGGAAACACAUCAGUGGUGCCAUCUGGCCAUUCAUCUCAACAAAGCACCCUCAAAGAGAUUGCAGAUGGAUUCAUGAUGGUUUUUAGACCAAUUGGGAGUUUUGCUCAUGAAUUUGUGUCCUUUACACGUCAGAGAAAUGUUUCAGAGAUAAAGAGCACCACUCUGACUCAGUUCCUGCUCAACUUCACUCUGGCUGAGCUGGCCGGCAUGUACAGCACCAACAACACGUACAUGGUCCCAGAGACCCCACAGUUUGAUGUGACCAAUGUGGAAGACUGGUUCCAGCAGGUGGUGCUGCCACUGCUACGCAGGUUCCUACCAGAAGAGGGAGCCAUCAUCCCGCAGAACAUCACAAUGGCUUUUCACCAGCUGUACUACUUGAAUCAGACUGAUGUUGAGGGAAACGAAUAUGAUGAAAUCAAUGAUGUGUGCAGCGUAACCCUGGACAAGGCACCAUGUGGGCUGACUGAUGCAGUGGUGAACAUAGCCCAUGUUUUGCACUGUGCUGCUCGAAGUGAGCUGACGAUGACAGAGACAACGAUCAUGAGAUUGAUAACUGAACUGGCUAAGCGUCUGAACUCCCUGGUCAAAGAGCUUUCCACAACAAACAUUGCAGAGCUGGUGUCAGACUUUAGGGAGAUAUUCAACGACACCGACCCCCAGUCUCUGACACAGCAUCACCUGGACGAUCCAGAGUUCAUCGAACUCUGGUUCCAGGUCAAACUGCUGCCUCUUCUCCCAGACGUAGACCCAGACAUCCUCUCCUGUCUGAGCACCAAGAACUUCUCCUGCCCCGUUUACCAAACUCUGGUUGCAAAACUGAGUGAUUCCAUGAUGCAUAUGGAUGCUCCUGACAUGUACAGUCACAACAUCUACAAGUAUUUCAUCUAUUCUUUCCUGCUGAAUCACAACCACUCCGAGCCACGGUGCCAAUCCCCAGCCAAUCAGAGCGCAGAAUGGGUGGAGAUAAAUUUUGGGUUCUUCUCAAGAUUUGCCUCUGUCAUGGACUUCUAUGAGCUCAACCCACAUUUCUCUGGACUGGAAGCUCUGCAUGUCCUGUCUACGAAGCAGCUGGCAGAGAUGCUGCUGAUGCCUCUACCAACGCCACCAGAGAAAGAUGUUGUCAUCCAUCGCGUGUUUGACUUCCUGUUUGAGUCUCCAGAAGACAGAAAACUGACAGAGGUUCUGCACUUUAUGGUGGAGCUAGCCCAAGAGGUCAAUUCUUCCUGCAAUGUCUAUAAACUCAUUUUUGAUCGACUGGACGAAGCCAUAACAAUGCUGUCUCCAGACUUGGAAUCGGCUAUUUGGGCUAGCAUAGAACAACUGAUGAGCGUUGCACCAGAGGAAUGUGUGCCAACAGACAUCUCUUGCCCAGACACUAAGAUCAACAGUACUCACAUCUGCAAAGGCAUCAACAGCUCUCCUCUUCAGACCUACUUCAACAGCUCCCAGCAUGUUUCCUGUAACUUCACUCUGGAGGAAUAUGCUUGUGCACAGCUGGAGGACUUCACGGCUGAACAUCUGGCCUCCCUUAUGAGGUGUAAUCUUCCUGGUAAAAGCAGUAAUUCCAGGGUUCUAUGGAAGCUGCUCCUCACCAAACAUUCAAGUGUUUUGAACCGAGCACUGGACCUUCUGGCUAACAUGUCAAUGGGAAUGAUCCCAUCAGCCGAGGCGAUUUUGGAUGUGGUUGUGGAAAUCAGGUUGUCGUCGCUGACCGAUCAGGACCUGAUGAACAGCAGUGUGAUCAGGCUGUGGUUCAUUGAACGUCUGGGCAGUUUCUUGCCAUCUGCUUCAGGACGUUUCCUGCUCUGUCUGACCAGCAGGAACUUAAGCUGUGUGUCAUACCACCAACUACUACAGGUUUUUGCUAACAACUUCAAGAAGAUGCCCCUGGAGCAACAGCAGGUGAUCUUAAAGGAUUUCGUCCUUCGUUUCCUUCAAAAAUCCAACUCCGGCAAUCACUCAGAUCCAGGAUGUUUGUCCUCUUUCAACAACAGUGCACAGUGGCUAAAGGACAACUUUGGGGCAUUUUCACAACUGGUGUCUCUCAGAGAGCUGCUUCUUCUCAACCAGUUGUUCAAACCUCUGGAGGCUAUACAGGUCCUCUCACCCAAGCAAAGAGCUGAACUGCUGGGAAUCACUCCUCCUGAAGACACAGACAAAGUCAUCAACAUCCUCUUUGAUUACAUGACCCAAGCACCAGAGGAAAGAGGAUUUACAGAGUUCCUGUCAUUCCUAUCCCAGUUCACUGAAACGGCAAACCUUUCCUGUUCAUCCUACAUAAAACUCUUCACCAGACUGGAUGUUGCCUUGGUAACAGCUUCUCCUAACAUAGCUUCCUCCAUCACAUACACCAAGAUGGCUUUAUCCAAGCAACUACCACAUGACUGCAUCAUCUACAGUGGAGAGUGCAAUGUAACAAUGACAAAUGAGACAGAAAUCUGUAUGAGAGUCAACAGCACAAAGCUUCAGAACUACUUAGACAGCAAGACGAUGGCGGGACAGCACUGCACCUUCUCUGUUGAGGAAUUUGCCUGUGCCUCACUGUCAGAUCUAAAAGCUGAGGACCUGGUCGCCAUGCUGAGUUGUAACAGGACCUCCAGCUCUAAUGGCUCUAAACUCGUCUGGAAGCUAUUCCUUUCUAAAGCCUCUAGGGUCCUGGAUGAGGCUCUGGAUCUGAUGGCUGACAAUAUGCUCGACCCCAGCAGUCCCUCCACCUCUAUGAUCCUGGACUCCAUACGAGAACUCCGGUUGGAUUUUGUCGACACGGUCACCUUUAUCAAUCCCGACUUCAUCCAGAAGUGGUUUGGCCGCCGCCUUCGUCCGUUCCUGCCAGCAGUUUCCAACAGCUUCCUUUCAUGCCUUUCCUCAAAAGCACUGAACUGCAGCACCUACCAGCACAUUUUGAAAAUGCUGAAUGAGAUCCAGCCACACAUGAUGCAUGAAAGGCAGAUGUCUGUCUUCACUCACUUCAUAAGGGUUUUCCUGACAAGGAACAACACUGCAGAUCCAGGAUGUUUGUCCUCCUUCAACAACAGCACACAGUGGCUAGAGGACAACUUUGGGGCAUUUUCACAACUGGUGUCUCUCAGAGAGCUGCUUCUUCUCAACCAGUUGUUCAAACCUCUGGAGGCUAUACAGGUCCUCUCACCCAAGCAAAGAGCUGAACUGCUGGGAAUCACUCCUCCUGAAGACACAGACAAAGUCAUCAACAUCCUCUUUGAUUACAUGACCCAAGCACCAGAGGAAAGAGGAUUUACAGAGUUCCUGUCAUUCCUAUCCCAGUUCACUGAAACGGGAAACCUUUCCUGUUCAUCCUACAUAAAACUAUUCACCAGAUUGGAUGUUGCCAUGGAAACAGCUUCUCCAAACAUAGCUUCCUCCAUCACAUACACCAAGAUGGCUUUAUCCAAACAACUACCACAUGACUGCAUCAUCUACAGUGGAGAGUGCAAUGUAACAAUGACAAAUGAGACAGAAAUCUGUAUGGGAGUCAACAGCACAAAGCUUCAGAACCAUUUAGACAGCAAGACGAUGGCGGGACAGCACUGCACCUUCUCUGUUGAGGAAUUUGCCUGUGCCUCACUGUCAGAUCUAAAAGCUGAGGACCUGGUCGCCAUGCUGAGUUGUAACAGGACCUCCAGCUCUAAUGGCUCUAAACUCGUCUGGAAGCUAUUCCUUUCUAAAGCCUCUAGGGUCCUGGAUGAGGCUCUGGAUCUGUUGGCCGACAAUAUGCUUGACCCCAACAGUCCUUCUACCUCGAUGAUCCUGGACUCCAUACAAGAACUCCGUUUGGAUGUUGUCAACCUGUAUGCCCUUAACAAUCCCGACUUCAUCCAGACGUGGUUUGGCCGCCGCCUUCGUCCGUUCCUGCCAGCAGUUUCCAACAGCUUCCUUUCAUGCCUUUCCUCAAAAGCACUGAACUGCAGCACCUACCAGCACAUUGUAAAAAUAUUGAGUGAGAUCCAGCCACACAUGACCCAUGAAAGGCAGAUGUCUGUCUUCACUCACUUCAUAAGGGUUUUCCUGACAAGGAACAACUCUGCAGAUCCCACCUGUAGCUCCGGCACAAGCAACAGUGGAGACUGGCUGAAGAAGAACCUCGGAGGGUUUUCUGACCUCGUCUCUAUCCAGGAGCUUCAGGAGCUCUACCCCAACUUCUCACCCACGGAUGCCCUGGCAUACAUGUCUGUCGAUCAGCUGGUGGCAUUAUCCACAACACCUGGCCUGCUCACAUCUCCUGACCAGGUUAUCAUGGUGAUGAGCUAUGUCCCUGACCACAAGCUCACCUCCUUCUUUGAUGGGUUCUCAACUUCCAUCGCGGGUAAUGAACACUUGAUGCCCUCUACUGUGAGGUCUGCCAUGCUGCAAGUCGUCUUCGACCGUGCAAACCUGUCCCGUCAGUCAGUGGGUGAUUCAGAGGUAUCCCAGUGGUUCCAGUAUCGACUGCCUCCUCUGGUCAUCAACCUGACCUCCUCCCAGGUCAACCCAUAUUUCCAGAUAAUGCAGGGAAGGAACUGUAGCAUCGAGCGUCAGGGGGUAAAGCUUCUUAAUUCGACGAUCCACACACUGAGCAGUGAUUCACAGAAGGAAAUCUACAACCAUAUCAUUCUGACUCUGAAAGCCUCUCCAGCUCUCCGUUGUUAUGGUAGCAACUACAACAACAGCUUCUACAGCUUCGUGGAGGACUCGUUCAUGGGGUUCCAGUUCCCCAACCUGACCAUCUUCCUGUCCCUCAUGCCUCCCGACAGAAAGCACCUGCUAUUGAACUCCAUGCCUCCUUCACAUCUGGGGAAUUUGUUGCGUCGACAAGAUGUUAUUGAAAACGAAGCGCAGCUCUGUGAUCUCUACAGCAGCUAUGACAACACACCAGUGUUUUUGGAGACUGAGUCUCUGCCGGCUGAGGUCAGGCGUCCCACUCUGCCUUGUGUUUGGCCAACGGCCCUCAGCAGCUCCAGUAGGUCAGAGGCUGACGCUUGGUUCGACAGACGUCUAGAAAACUACUUGGUAUUCCUCUCAAAGAGUCUGAUCAGUCCUGAUGUUACAUACAACACAUCCUGUCUGGCCUUCCAGAAGUUCGUCUUGGUUCUUGAUAAAUUCAACUACACUGCAGCAGAUUUUCAGCGGCAAGACAUGUUCGACACCAUCAGGGCUUAUCUCCAAUCAGCAACAACGCCAAGAUGUUAUGAUUCCAACGACCCGCAGCUGAACUCAACCGCUUGGUUUGCUGAGUACAUCGGCCCUUUCAUGCCAUUCCUCACCCCAGAGAUUCUUCAGACCUUUGGAGCGAAUGAGGCUCUGCAGGUGUUCACAGUAAACCCAGCCAACAUCGCGCUCCUCAACCAUUCAGUCUUACCACAGAACCUCACUGACUUUUACACUCAGCUGGUCUACCAGCAGGACAGUAACUUCAACCCACUUCUUCUUCCUUUAUUGUGCCGGUGUGUCGCUCCUGGUAUGGCCUUCACCCAGCUGACUGCAGAAGAAAGUUUGAUAGUAUUGGAGAACCUCACCAUCGUGUGUCUAGAUCUGGAUCCACAGAUUUCUGCUGCUCUUUCUAGUAACUUUGGUAACAACGUCGAUUCCAACACCAUUGCCGCCCUGGGCAAUCAAAGCACCAGCAUGUCUACAGGCCAAAUCAAGAACAUAAAUCCUCAGGAACUUAUCAAUUCCCUCAGUAUUCUAAGCAGUGUGAUAGGCUGGAGCGACGGACAGGCUAAGACAAUCGUUGCGUCGCUGUUGUUGAUGAUGAAGAUCAAUAACUCUUCAGCUCUGUUUAUGCUGGGUUCUCUUGUUACUGGGGUACCGGCCAGGGUUUUCGGCCAAAUGAACGCUUCCGAUAUUUUGGUUGCAUCCAAAAACCCCUCGCUCAUAGGACACAUGAUGUCGGCUCCAAAGGUCAUCCAGCAAGUUUUUGUCACUAAGAUUGUUUCUGCUAACAACAACAACGAGAUGAUAAUCGAGAACGUUCCAGAUGAAAUGGCCACGGAGAUCCCUCGGGUUCUGCUGCAGGGCUUUACAGUCAAAGAAACCGUCAUCACCAGACUCAACAGGAAGAAAUGGAAGCGGGAGCAGGCUGAGCUGUUUUUUGCAGUAAUUGCUCAGGAAAAUUCUACAGCUAUGCUGGGAAGUGAAAAUGAGUGAGUCAAACAAUAUUUCUACCAAUCUGGUUUGAAGUUAUGUAUGCAGAGUAUGUAACUGUAUAGUUAAGACUGCUCAGU